AUGCAGAUCUUCGUGAAAACCCUAACGGGGAAAACCAUUACCCUGGAGGUGGAGUCAUCCGAUACCGUCGACAAUGUCAAAGCCAAGAUCCAGGAUAAGGAGGGUAUCCCUCCGGACCAGCAGCGCCUCAUCUUCGCCGGAAAGCAGCUAGAGGACGGACGCACCCUCGCCGACUACAACAUCCAGAAGGAGUCCACCCUUCAUCUCGUACUCCGUCUCCGUGGCGGCGCUAAGAAGCGCAAGAAGAAGACGUACACCAAGCCAAAGAAGAUCAAGCACAAGCACAAGAAGGUCAAGCUAGCUGUCCUCCAGUUCUACAAGGUCGAUGACUCCGGCAAGGUCCAGAGGCUGCGCAAGGAGUGUCCCAACGCUGAGUGUGGUGCCGGAACUUUCAUGGCCAAUCAUUUUGACAGGCACUAUUGUGCCAAAUUAGCGAGAUUCAUGGCCUGUUGGCGUUGGUGGAAAUAUCAAAGGAAUUGA